GUCAUAUCCACGUCAUAUCGUAGGUUAUCACUAAACGUUAUAGAGAAACAUGGUCUAACGUGGGUAUCAACCGAAAACCAAGACAAUGGCUGAAUCAUUACCCGAAUCUUUAGAAGACACUAUUAUCAGUUACCUGAAAGGUCAAGAAAUAUGUCCAGAGAGUGACUACGAUGAAGCGAAAUACAAAGAAAAUGCUGAAGCACUCGUCGGUGAAAAAGUCAAACUUAUUCUGGAAGAGCUGUUAUUGAAAGUAAACAAACGUGUUGUAUGCAAGGACCGCUAUCAGAAUCUCAAAACAUGGCACAAUCAGUAUCCGCUAUUUGAUUUAGAAGACUUCUUUCCAGAUUUUUGCGUAGAUGAAGAUACGAUGCGAGCUCUAUCCUUCCGGGAGUCCUUGCUGGUCAGCUUUCUUGAUAAUUCAGAUGAGACUGGUGCUUCAGUUGUGAGGAUUGAGGGCGACUCCCGCGAAGUAGUGCCCUGCGCUGUGGGCAGCCUAUGCCUGAACAUACAGAUGGUCGAUGCCAACCAACCUGAAGAUAGACCCACUCCAAUCAGUAGCGAGAUGAUGGAUCAACAAAUCAUGAACACUGUCAAAGCUGCUCGACAGGCUAUGAAUUCUGCUAACAAUGUUGGCGAACUGGACAAUGUAUUGAAAGAAAAGUUAGUUCAGUACGAAGACCUCCUUCGUGAAGAAGUUCGAGCUAACAGUAAAAAGUUUAUUGUUCAUCUUUCAUCUCAAUUUGACAUUGAUGGACAGAACAGUGGAUCUAGAGUCACUGCAUGGUGCGACCGGAAUUUCCAUACACUUGAAGAAAAAAGAACCGAGUACAUACGAGAAGUAGGCAAGGAAUGCAUUACAGAAAAAACAUUAUACGUAGCAUUACAGCGUCAAAAAUACUACAUAUGUCACACAAGUAACCAAGAGGGCAUCGAAGAAAGAAAAUACUACAAACUAACUAAAACUUACAAUAUGAUUUGUGAAGGCGCUAAUUUCUUACUAAUGCGAUACCUGGCAAUCAAACGUUAUACUGGAACUUUUGAGUUGUCAACAAUCUAUAUCAAUGGCGACAUGUGCAGAAAUAUUUACGAAUGUACCGGACCUGUGAUGAGUAUAGUAAAUGAUAAAGAAGUAGAGAUCUGUAGAAUUUACAGAUGCAUCAUGGAAGAAUCUGGAAUAGUACAUCAGUGUGUUACAGUAAUGACUACGCAUGGUAGGAUAAUAUCUCAAGAAUGGGAAGGGUGUCCUUAUAUCCUGAAUUUGAAUCCUUUAUUGUUCAUGGAAGAUGGGAAACCGAAACCUUAUGAAAGGUUGAUUCUGGAGAAGACCUGGUCCAACGAUAUGGAGCUAUUGUCAAAAUAUUUAGACUAUAAGGUGAAUAUAUUUAAAUUUUAUUUCAAUUAAACUUACUGUAUCUUGGAUAAUCUAGUAAAUAGCCUUGUUGUAGACUAGGACAGAAAUGAAAAUGAAAACAUACAUAUCAGACAAUCCUGAAGUGAAAGAUAUUUUGGCAGAUUACGUCAGUAACAUUAUCAUGCUAAAACCUGAUAAUGUCAUCGCGUUCACAAUGAACUAUUUUCAGAACCUUCUCCCAAUAAAUAUUGGAAAAAUGGGAUACUUUGAGAAACCAAAUGAAGAGCAUGUGCUUGAGGGUUGAUGAAUUAUUGCUUGUGCCCAUAUCUCAUAACUUUUCAAUUUUUAUUCAUUCUGAUAUUUAAUUUACAAGUUUGUAGGGUCUCAUAAAAUAAACAAAUAAAAAAAUUA